CUUGCAGCGGGCGCUGCCUAUUGGCCCUUUAGACCUGUCAGUCGUCCACAGUGCCCGCCCUCCGCGGCAGCAAGUUUCCGCUGAAUCUUCUAUACUUGGGACUCUGGACAUUUUUACGCACAAAAAUUUACCUUUUCACCAUCAUGGCCUCCUCACACGUUGGAGAUAAUCAGCUGCAGAGGAUAAUCAGAGAUCUGCAUGACGCUGUGCUGGAGCUGAGUAGAGAGCACCAGGAAUCUGGAGAACCUAUAACUGAUGACAGCGCCAACCUUCACAAGUUCUUCUAUAAACUAGAAUACCUGCUACAGUUUGACCAAAAAGAGAAGACAACCUUUCUUGGCCAGAGGAAAGACUACUGGGAUUACUUCUGCGACUGCCUAAUUAAGAUCAAGGGAGCUAACGAUGGCAUUCGUUUUGUAAAGUCCAUCCCUGAGCUGAAGACGUCACUGGGGAAAGGACGAGCUUUCAUCCGUUACUCCCUCGUUCACCAGCGCCUUGCAGACACUCUGCAGCAGUGUCUCAUUAACCAGAAGAUCACAAGUGACUGGUAUUAUGCCCGGAGUCCGUUCCUCAAGUCACACCUCACUGCUGACAUAAUCAACAAUCUUUAUGAGCUCAACCAGAUCCAAUUUGAUGUGGCACCUAGAGGUUAUGACCUUGAUGCAGACUGGCCGGCCUUUGCGAGGCGGACUUUAGGCGCAGCCUCGUCAGCUUUCCAGUGGAAGCCCCCCAGCCGCUGCUCCAGCAUCAACAGCCUGGUUAGCAGCUAUUCACAGGCACCGGUACAAGAAUUUCUCCCGACCGCUGAUUUGAGUCAGGGUCUUGUCUUUGAAGCAGAAGAACCUUCUUCCUUCAACAUUGCAGAAAAUCUCCGCGUUGAGUUGGACCAGUCGGAGCUUGGACGGCGGGAACUUCUUAACCAGGUUCAGCACUUAGACCAAGAGGCCGCUGAGCUGAAAGGCGCUAUUAAAGACCUUCAAGACCUACUAGAAGCUCAGAAAUCCUCUGGUCACUUAGACGCCCAAAGUAGCCAUGGAGUAAAUGAUGUGGAGAGAGUAAAUCAGCUUGAGAUCAGUAGGGAAGCAAUAAACAGUGAACUUCAGGACAGACUCACAGCUGCUGAGAACAAAAAUAUGGAGCUUCUCUCAAAGCUAGAUGAGGCUCUUAAAGAAAAAGGUCAACAAACUGCAAGCUACUGUGACUCUGCCUGGAAAAUCCAGGAUUUGCUUGAUAAACUUAAGACAGCAGAGGAGGAAAGACUGGAGGCAAAGCGAGAGGCUGAAGACAGGACUAGGCACUCGGAUCGUCUGUCACAAGAACUAAAACUCAAGGAAGAAGAGCUGAGAAACGGUGAGAAGAAGCUAGCUGAAAUUCAAGCUGGAGCCAAGGACGAACGGGAAGAGACACUCAAACGCUUGGAGGAGCUCCAAGGGGCUGUCGGACGAAUCCAGGGGGCGUUGAGUUUGAAGGAGAAAGAGACUGGGAACCUCAGAGCCCAGCUUCAAGAUCUGCAGGCGUCGCUGGACUGCAGAGAACGACAGGCGGAAGAGCUGCGGAAGAGGCUGCAGGAAGAGAGGGAGGAGGUAGAGCAGAGGUGGAACAUGAGCAGCAGCCAGAAUGAGGAGCUGGAGAGUCUGAUCAUGGAUUUAAGAAAAACUCUAAAGAACAAAGACAAAGAGCUGAAUGUCAGUUCAGAAAGAAUAAAACACUUAGAGGAGAAGUUAGAGAAACUAAAUGUUGAUGAAGAAAUAUCAAGGCACUUUGAUACUGAGUUUGUUUCCUGUGAGCAAACCACCACCCUUGAGGAUUAUAGGACUCAAUGCAGUGACCUGACAGAAAUGAACACUAAACUACUUAAAACUGUUCAGAAGAGUGAGCAGAGCAAUGCGGAGCUGACAGAGAGCAGGACAGCCUUGUUGGAGCAACUGGCUUCUUUGAGGGCUUCUGAGAAGAACCUAAAAAGAAGGUUAGAAGCUGCAAAUAUAGACCUGAAAGACAGAGAAAGGACACUUUUAGAUGAAAAUCUGCAUUUGGAAGAGAUCGUCCAGAAAGAACUUGUCCAGAAAGAGAUAUCUGACACUCAAUUGAAAAAGCUGGAGAAUAAGAACAAGGAGCUGCUGGAUGGUGAGUCAGUGUUGAAGGAACGAUUAGCGUCCACCCAGCAGGAACUUGACUGUCUCACUGCCAAAGCUGCGAAGUUGGACCAAAGCCUCACAGCGUCCCAAAGAAGCCAGUCAGAGCUGCUUGAGAAGCUCCAGGAAACCGAGGCUAGACUCCGAGACCAGACGGUUCAGUGUGGGCGUCUGCGGGCUCGAGCAGAGGAGCUGGAGAGCAGGACCGGAGAGCUACAUGCUGAAAAAGGAGCCGCGGAGAGCAAUGAGAAAGUCCAGAAGCUCCAUAACGACAGCGGACCUCCAUCAGUGGACACCAAAGAGGCUCCCUUCAGGCUGGUCAUCGCUGAGGCUCAGCUGGAGCUCAACGUGAAGGAGCUGAACAGACUGAGGGAGGAGGUGGUGGAGCUCAGGGCUCAGCUGCUAGCAGGGACCGAGGAGAGGAUGAAGGUCCAGGCCCUGCAGGAGGUGACGGAGGCCUCCAGAGAGGACCUCCGUCUUCUAACAGAGCAACUCAAGGCCCAGGUGGAGGAACUGAACCGCCGACACGUAGACGAGAUCCUUCGUUCUCGAGAGCGAGAGGAGGCUCUGGUCCGCGAGCGCGACGGUGAGGCUCAGGCUCGAGCGAGCCUUGCUGCGGAGGUGACGGCCUCCAGCGAGGAGCUCAAUAAGCUGAAGCUGCAGUGUCAUGCUUUAAGCCUGGAGAGCAGUGAAUCCAAGGAGGCGCUCCACAGAGCCAACACAGAAACAGCCGAGCUCGGCGUGCAGGUCUGCAUGCUAACGGCUGAGAACGAAGAGGCCCGGCUGCGCUGGGAGGGUCUGUCGGCAAAGCUGCAGGAGCUGGAGGAAGACGCGGCUCAGGAGGCUGUGGGGCUGAAGAAGUGCAUGGAGCAGCUUCGCCAGGAGAACCAGCAGCUCCUCCAUCAGCUCCAUAAUGAGAAGGGCCUGUUGGCAACCACGCAGGAGCUGCAGACGGAGCUGAGCAGGGCACAGCAGGAGGCCGAAGCUGCGCAGGGGACGGAAAGAGACGAGAUCCAAGCUCUUCGCCUCCAGCUCAGCAGCCAAGACAGGAGCCACCACAGCCAGCUCCAGGAAGUGAGACUCCAGCUGACGAAAGAGACAGAGAAGGUGGUUGACCUGGAAAACCAACUCAAACAGCUACAGGCUGAAAGUCAGAGCUGUUGCCAACAGAUUGAGGAGAAAAACAUCCAGAUGGCCGAGUCUGAAAAUCUCAUCCGGCAGAAAGACGACGAGAUAAAAGAUCUGAAAGGGAAUUUAUCAAGGACUGAGGAGCGUUUAGAGGCGUCUCAGCAGGUCUGUGACGAGCUGAGAGAAAAGCUGCAGAGACUCACACAGGAAAAGCUGAACUUCGAUUUCAAGACGGCCGCUGAGCUUGAUGAUCUUUACCGAACCAAAAUCAAUUUGGAGGAAAGGCUUGUGGAGCUCAUCAGAGAGAAAGCUGCACUUUGGCAAAAGACAGACGAUCUGGAGUUUCAGCAGAAACUAAGAGAGGAGGAGACGGAGAAAGACGUCAACUACUGUAUGACCUGUCGAAGUCAGUUCAGCUGGUGGCUGCGCAAACACAACUGCAGACUGUGCGGCCGUCCUUUCUGCUACUACUGCUGUGGAAACACAGUGAGCACCCAGCAGGGCAGCAAGGAGCGCUGCUGCAGGGACUGCUACAGUCAGCACAGCGCAGUGGUGGAGCGCCACCCGCAGGAGGAGAGGUCUAACAGCGCGCCGGGGACUCCCUUCAGACUGCUGCUGCCGGCUGGGAGGGCUGUGACCAGCGCCUCAGGAGCAGAUGAAGGUGAAAAGCAGGAUGAUGGUGUUUUUGACAUCAUCACAGACGAUGAAGUUAGUGGCGUCACUGACUCGUUCGUCACCGCCUGCUCUCCCGAACCCGAGCAGCAGGGGGCAGCACAGCUGAACAGCAGUGCCAACGUCGCAUCAGAAGAAACCGAGGACCUCGGGGCUUCUGUGCAAGACGCAGAGAUUUGCCUGCUGAAGUCUGGAGAUCUGACAGCCUCCGUUCCCUUCGCUGUGGACGACAUCUCGAGGUUUGGGGACGGCUCCCGGGAGCUCUUCAUCAAGUCCAGCUGUUACAGCACCAUCCCCAUCACCCUGAGCAGCCCCGGUCCCACCGUGGCCUGGACAUUUACCUCUGAACCCAAGAGCAUUGCCUUCAGCGUGGUCUACAGGGACGGUCCGGAGACGCCCAUAGAGCAGGCCAAGGUUCUGAUCCCGCUCACCCGCUGUAACGCCCACAAAGAGACGAUUCACGGGGAACUGAAGGUCAGAAACCCCGGAGAGUACACGCUCAUCUUCGACAACUCCUUCUCCAGGUUCAUCUCAAAGAAAGUGCUGUAUCAUCUGAGUCUGGACAAGUGUGCGGCGCAUGAAGGGCCUGAGAUCGUCUGAACGCGACAGGACGACGCGCGCGCAGAUGGUAAACUGACUUUCAGCUCAUUCAGGGCACUAAAGCUCACCAACACGAUUUCAUAUCAGGUUGCACAGACGCCUGACGUUCAGCAACCUCAGGGAAAGGUUGUGGCAUUUAAACAGCACCUCUCAUCUGCCGCUUGCUCCCGACGUGUGAUAUCAGAUGAAUUCUGAUCGUAGGGAAGUAGAACUAAAUAGAAUGACGGAAAAUUAGUUACACUAAACGUAAAAACACACCAGCUUUUAUAAAAGCUAAUGUGAUUAAGUGAAGGCUGUUACAGAUCUGAAGGUCAUUGUUGCUUGUUACUGUUUGAUGAAUGAAGGUUUUUUUGCACAUUUUAUAGAAUAUUUACAAUUGUGAAAAUGGGAAUAAUCGGUUGUGUCUGACAAGUUAACCACUUGACUUAUUAAGCCAGAAAAAAUAAAAAAAAACAUACAGUAGCUGUCGACAUGAAUAAAGAGAAAACAAAGCAGGUCCUGCCACUGUUUGGUCAAAUGAAUGACCGAAGACAUCCUCCACCAGCUCAACCUGUUUGUCUACAGUAGGUUUUUGUUUUAUCCACUUGUUUCUGUUCAGGGUCUUUUGGUUUGACCAACUCCAGCUCUGCUCAUACAGUAGUUUUAAAAAAAAGACAUGAUCUGUUUGAGAGUGUUGUUAUUUUCUUUACUGGCUGUGACUAAAUCCUGACAGUCAUUCUGUAGCAUCUCAUCUGGUUUACAGUAGGUUUUUUCAUUCCUGGGAACACUUCCAGCUUAUGAGCAUCACUGUGUUAAACUGUAAAACCAGUCUUCACUAAAUCACCACAGGGACUUGUGAAUUAAAUACUGUAUGUGGUAAGAAACAAAUAAGUUCUGUGAGACCUGCAGAACCAACACAAUCUGACUCAGAGCAACAAACAGGACAAAGUGCUUUCUGUGCAUGUAAACACUAAGUUGUGCACAUUCCUCUCUGACCUAAGCCAUGAAAUGGGUUUAAUCUAUGGUUUUGUUUGGUUGUAUUUUAUUUUGUGCAUCACUAGAACCAUCACUCUUAACUUAACAAGAAGUGGUGAUUUUACAUUUAAUUAACCCAGAUGUGAUCAUUUAUCAUGAGAAAUUUAGACAAGAUGUUUUUGUAGAUGGUGUUUUGCAGUGUUGUUAUUUACUGUGUUUUGAAUCCUUGGUCUAGUUUAUUCAACAGACAUUUUACAACCCAUAAUUUAUCAUAACUGACACAGGGAGGGCUAUUAGACUAUUAGAGGAAGAUCAAUAGGCUUUCUUACAUAUCUGAGAGGAACUGAUGCUGUAUUUGCCAAAUAUAAAGUUGAGUGUAAAAUGUUGCCGCGUGACUUGUCUUUUCAUGCACUUUGGAAGCGGCCAUUUGUGCGUCUGUGUCCCAUGAGCCUUUGUGCUCGUGGAUGAAACGCUUUCUCUUCCUCUGUGUGUGGUGAGUGUGUGAUUGUAGCGUCUCCUGGCCGUCUCUGACUUAACCUGUAAAUGACUGUUGACAACGGAUUACUGAAAUGUCAUUUAUUUACUGAAGAUGUUCUAUAGGAUGUGUUUAAGGUCAUGGACAAAUAAAAAUCCGGUGUGGUAACGUC